AACUGUCAUCGUGUGGCACUUGCAUUCUACCCGGACAUGUGAGCGGUUGCAACAGUGCCCAGAAUUGGUUUGGGCACGCCAUUGUGGAAAAUAGUUACUUACACAUUGCUGACUCCUCACUGUGAGCUCGCUUUCCUAGUUGAAUUAUCCCGAGUGAAACAACUAAAGAAGAAACUGCUCAACAAUGGCUACGGACUCCUGGGCACUGGCAGUGGACGAGCAAGAAGCCGCGGCGGAAUCGAUCGGUAGCCUUCAAAUAAAAGAUAAACCUGAGGAAAAUGGCACAGCUGCACAUGUAGCAGGCACAACUGCACAUGUAGCAGGCACAGCUGCACAUGUAGCAGGCACAGCUGCACAUGUAGCAGGCACAGCUGCACAUGUAGCAGGCACAGCUGCACAUGUAGCAGGCACGGUUGCACAUGUAACAGACUCCAGCAGUGCAGCUGCAAAGUCAGAAGUUGUGACAGAAAACAAGGCUACAGAUGAAGAUGACAAAGAUGACAAAGCAGCGCAGUCAUUAUUGAACAAGUUAAUCCGGAGUAAUCUUGUCAGUAACACAAAUCAAGUGGAAGUGCUUCAGAAGGAUCCCAACUCUCCGCUCUACUCAGUCAAGUCUUUUGAGGAGUUGCGACUUAAACCACAGCUGCUUCAAGGCGUAUACGGCAUGGGUUUCAACCGGCCGUCCAAAAUCCAGGAGACUGCCUUACCUAUGAUGCUAGCGGAACCUCCACAGAAUCUAAUUGCACAGUCGCAGUCGGGAACAGGGAAAACGGCUGCCUUUGUCCUGGCCAUGCUCAGUCAUGUAGAUCCCAACAGAAGAUAUCCACAGUGCCUGUGUGUGUCACCCACCUAUGAACUGGCACUUCAGACUGGCAAGGUAAUCGAGCAGAUGGGGAAACACUAUCCUGAGGUCAAACUCGUCUAUGCCAUCAGAGGAAAUAAAUUGCAACGGGGCAUGAAGCUGCAGGAACAGAUAGUCAUUGGGACGCCCGGUACCAUGCUGGACUGGUGCGGUAAAUUCAAGUUCAUAGACCCCAAGGAGAUCAUGGUGUUUGUGCUUGACGAGGCCGACGUCAUGAUCGCCACGCAGGGUCACCAGGACCAGAGCAUCCGCAUCCAGAGGAUGCUGCCUAAAAACUGCCAGAUGUUGCUGUUCUCAGCCACGUUUGAAGAGACUGUGUGGAACUUUGCCCAGCGCAUUGUGCCCGAACCUAACAUCAUCAAGUUGAAGAGAGAGGAGGAGACGCUGGAUACCAUCAAACAGUACUACGUGUUGUGCAACUGCAGGGAGGAGAAGUUCCAUUCACUCUGUAACAUCUACGGAGCCAUCACCAUCGCCCAGGCCAUGAUCUUCUGCCAUACAAGGAAGACGGCAGGCUGGCUUGCAGGGGAGCUGUCCAGAGAAGGCCACCAGGUGGCGCUGCUCAGUGGCGAGAUGCAGGUGGAUCAGAGGGCUGCCGUCAUCGACCGCUUCAGAGAAGGCAAGGAGAAGGUCCUGGUCACCACAAACGUUUGUGCCCGAGGUAUCGAUGUCGAGCAGGUUUCUGUCGUGAUCAACUUCGACUUGCCAGUAGACAAGGACGGUAACCCGGACAACGAGACAUACCUGCACAGGAUUGGCCGCACGGGUCGAUUUGGCAAAAGAGGACUGGCCAUCAACAUGGUGGACAGCAAGAUGAGCAUGAACAUCCUCAACAGGAUCCAGGAGCACUUCAGUAAGAAAAUUGAACAACUAAACACAGAUGAUCUGGAUGAAAUUGAGAAGAUCGCCGGCUAAAGUCGACGGCGCGUAUCGCACGGAGGACGCCGACCCAACUCUCCUUCCCCUCUUGGCUCACCAAGGACUGUACGCUCCUACAGUGUUUUACGCUUUUAUUUUUUUUAGCUGUUGGAGAAAAGAGCAAAACCACAAACACAGCAUAUGUUUACACGUGGAAUAUGUCUCCUCCAAGACAAGUAUUUUGUAAGUCUCUGGAACAUACCCCAUUUCACUCUUUGUACUUCUUUGAAUAAAGUCUAUGAGUUUAUUGCUGUCUAUCGUGGUGCUGUAAAAGCAGCCAUAGUUGGCUCUGUUUUACUGAACACACAUGGAGUUCAAAAACAC